AUGAAUUACAAAGCGUUCCUGGAGACCCGCGGUUACACGUUUAAGAGGAACCUCGGGGAAGGCACGUACGGCAAAGUAGUGAGUGCCUACUGUAAAGACCGCAGGAGAAAGGUUGCCAUUAAGGUCAUAGACAAAGAGGAGGUCAGCUCCAACUACUUGGAAAAGUUUCUGCCUCGGGAAAUGAAGAUCAUCAGGACUUUGAGGCAUCCCAACAUUGUCAAGACGUAUGACAUCUUUGGAUUGAACUCAACCAAGGUUUACGUGGUGAUGGAGCUCUGUGGGAAAGGAAACCUCCUGAGGUAUAUCAACCAUCAUGGGGCCUUAUCUGAACCUUUAAGCUGCAGGCUUUUCACACAGCUGUGUAAGGCCAUCAAAUAUCUCCACAAGAAGUACGUCGCUCACAGGGACCUCAAAUGUGAAAACUUGCUGCUGGACAGGCAUUACAACCUGAAAGUGUGCGACUUUGGGUUCAGCAAGCGGCUCAUGUACAGACACGGGAACAUGGUGUUGAGUGAAACCUACUGUGGCUCCUGGUCCUACGCAGCACCUGAGGUUUUGAGAGGACUUCCAUACAACCCCAAAUUGUCCGAUGUGUGGAGUAUGGGUGUUGUGCUGUACGUGUUUAUCUACGCAUUGAUGCUUGAUACCAGCAAUGUAAUAAGACUGGUGGAAAUUCAAAUGAAACACAAAAUCCACCACCCAGAUGUACCGUCUGUUUCGUCUGAGGCCGAGGACCUUACGGGUAUUCUGCACCCGGAUGUGGAGCAGCGGAUUACAAUCAGAAACAUCUUAUGCCAUCCCUGGAUGUUACGCAAAUGGGAAAUGGAGGACACUGAUGAGGCUCCGUUGUCAAACCCUGGCUCUAGACAGGAAGGGCAACCGGAUGAAAACACAAAAGAAGAAGAGGAGCCGACACAAGACAGUUCAGAUCCAGGGGAGGGACCAUCAACUUGUGCCCCAAGAUGA